UGUCGGUCGGAAAUCUCCGUUCACAGACCCACAGCUGGACCAGGUUCCGUUCUACUAAACGGAUACGAGUCCAUCUCGGACUGGUCCCGGUACCGGACGUGGGGUGGUUCUGAUUCAGAGCGGUUGUGGGUGAGGAGGUUUAUUCUGGUGAGGAGGAGGGUCGGGCUCUGCAGGGAUCAUCUCCUCCUCCUCCUCCUCCUCCUCCUCCUCCUCCUUCCCCGUGCAGGGAGCGCGCAGCGCGGCGUGGAGAGGCGUGACGCGGCCGAACCGCAGAUCCAGGAUGGCAGGUCCUCCUGAUGGGCCCUCGGCUCUUUGUUCUGGGUUCAGACCGUCGGCCCUUUGAGGACCAUGGACUCUUUAACCCCACCGGGCCCCCGCUCCAGGACCAGGACCAGGGUGGGCCCUGGGACCUGCAGACAAGCGCUCGCUGUGAUCCUGCUGGUGGCUGCCACUCUGGUUUCCAUGGUGACCUCAAGUUCACCUGCUGCAGGCGUGCUGGACUUCAAUAGGACAACUGAGCCUUCAUCGCCAUCCUCAUCCUUGUCCCCCCCGGGGCCUCCAGGUCCCAGCUGGUCCUCAGAGUCUCUGUACCAGGGUAACCAUGGCGGUGCCGGUUCUGCAGAGGACACGGACUCUGGGGCCCAGGGGAUCCACCUUCUCCUGAGACCUCCAGACCUCCUGUCCCCGAGUCUACCCCCUCCCCUCCCCCCACACAGCCAGCCCACCCUCACUCCCCCUCCCCCCUGGGACCAGGGCCCCUCCCUGGAGGAGUCCUGGGGUUCUGGGGACUACCUGGAGACGCUGUCUUUCAUGGUCCCCGAUGGGGAGGAGCUGGCUCUGGCCACGCCUCUGCCCAGCCUCCCCUACGACCAGGACCCGGGCGACGACUGGGUCUCCUACGACACGGCCUUUCCAUCCCGUCCCACCCUCCCACUCUCCUCCAGCCUCCCCCUAUCACCCUCCUCUCCCACCCCCAGCUUUCCCUUGCACACUCCCCCCACCCACCCAGACCUGUUCCCCACCUGGGACGAGGACUACGACGUGGAGGACCUGGUCCCGUUAGAGCCGACGGAGAUUCUGCUGCCGGACAUGAACAGUCUGGAGUACUACACCAACCUGGUGGCCCGGGAGAGAGAGAGGGAGAGAGAGAGGGAGAGGGAGAGAGAGAGGGUGAGGGAGAGAGAGAAGGAGAGGGAGAGAGAGAGAGACAGACAGAGGGAGAGGGAGAGGGAGGAGGUGAAGGAGGAGGACCGGUUGAACCAGACUGACUCCAGACCACCCAUUUCUCCUGCAACAGCUCAAACCCUGAAUCCUCCUUCUUCCCUGUCCCUGAGUCCUGGUCCUCCCCCAGGACUGGAGCCCAGGGACCCCCUCCCAGGGCCCACCCCUCCCCUCACCCUUUCACCGACUUCCCCAAGGGAGGGUAAGACCUUUCCUCCAUCAGCCCCCCCCAAAACCCCUUCCAUCUCUUCUACUCCUGCCCCGGUACCCAAAGACCUAGCCCCAGUCCCGGGCAGACCCCGUCCUCCAUCCAACACCACCAGCCGGGUCCUGCCCCCUCCCCCACUGGGACCCCCCACCCUCCCCGACAGACCAGAGAGGCCUUCGUUAGUCACAGAGAAGCCAGCUAGGCCCCCCCCCACAACCACCACCACCACCACCACCACCAGCCAGAGGACAGCCAUCAGCCUGACCAGAGCCCCCCCAGUGACUACGCCCAGAGUGGCCCAGACCCCACCCACCAGACAGUACCUGUGCAAUGUCACCAAGCCGGAGAUGUACCUGGUCAGAGUGGUCAGCUCCAGAGGCUCAUCAGCUGGUUUCAGUCAAGUCAGAGACGUCCUGAGGAGAGAGUUCAACCGGUCCGUGGAGCUACAGUUCCUCAGGACUCCGUCCAGUUUUGCCUUUCGCGUCGUGUCGGGUCCGUUGAUCUUCACCGCCGUCUCCGUCAUCAACGCCCUCCGCAAGCCACCGCCCCGAGGCUCCGCCCCCGUCCCCGUCGUGUCUCCACUGUACGCCGUCCCUGACCUCCGCUACCAGGUCCACUCCGUCCUGCAGUUUGUCCCGGUCCAUGUGGACAUUAGAGUCUGUAACUUCAGCCAGAGGGUGGAGACCGGACUGAUGAUGGCGUACGCCGAGACCCGGAGACGGUCCCACGAGACAGGAGACACCACGGUACAGCUGCUGAACAUCACCAUGGACGUGUCCCGGCUUGCGUUGGACCACAAGGUUCCUGUUGACGUUACGUUUGCGGUGCGUGAUGGGCGGGGCUUCCUGCCGGGGUCAGAGGUCAGCCAACACCUGAGGAAGCUCAGCCUGGUGGAGUUCAGCUUCUACGUCGGGUUUCCCGCCCUGCAGAUCGCAGAACCCUUCCACUACCCUGAGCUCAACACGUCUCACCACCUGCGCUCCACCUGGGUCCGUACAGUCCUGCUGGGGGUUCUGGACCAGCUGGUGGCUGAGAGGAGUUUUAAAGCUCGACUGGAGAGACGUCUGGCUCUGCUCCUGGAGGAGGGACUGCAGGAGUCCAGCAGGAGGCGCUGGAGGAGGGCCACGGCGGUGGGAAACAACAGCCUGCAGGUGGUGAGGGUCUCCAGACUAUCUGGGGCACAGCACCCCCUGGAGGUCUUCUAUUUUGUGGAGGGUCCAGGUGGGGACAGGGUCUCAGCUGAGGACACCGCGUCCACCCUGAACCGUCUGGACCUCCAGAGAGCCGCUAUCAUCCUGGGACACAGAGUCCAGAGACCCCUGGCCCAGCCUGUGGAGACUCUGUCUGUCCCCCCAGCGGAGACUCAGAGCAGCAGUGUCUGGCUGAUAGUGGGCGUGGUCGUCCCCGUCCUCCUGGCCGUCUUCAUCAUCAUCAUCCUCUACUGGAAACUGUGUGGAUCCGAGAAACUGGAGUUCCAGCCGGACGCCGUCAACACCGUCCAACAGAGACAGAAGCUCCAGGCUCCCAGUGUUAAAGGUUUUGACUUUGCGAAGCUGCAUCUGGGUCAACACAGUAAAGAUGACAUCAUGGUCAUCCAGGAGCCCCGUCCCCUGCCCCCUCCCAAAGAGGCCACACCCCCCACCCCCCGCUCCAAGGCCUCAUCCACCAAGGCGCCGCGGUCUGGACGCCGCAGGGGACGGCUCAGCCCAUCAGACGCCUCGUUAGGAAGCGACCAGUCGAGUGGCAGAGAGUCGGGGGAGGACAGCACCAGAGCGGAGGCCACGCCCACCGAGGGAAAACAGCACAGGAAGACGCCCAAAAAUGGGAGGACAAAGAUGGGUGGAGGCAGCGGUCCAGAGGAGCUCCUGUCCUCGUCCUCCAUCUUUGACCAUGUGGACCGUCUGUCCCGCGGCUCGUCUGAUGGAACCCGUCGUCAGGGCAACAAGGUCCAGCUCAUCGCCAUGCAGCCCCGGCCAAGUCCCCCCCCGCCGCUGAGCCCCCCCCUCACCCAGAGGCUCAACACGGAGGUGGCGCUGAGACACAAGUCUGAGAUCGAGCAUCACAGGAACAAACUGCGUCAACGCGCUAAGAGACGAGGACAGUGUGAGUUCCCCUCCAUGGACGAUAUCAUGGACGCCUUCGGGGACGGACCCGUCCAGACAGAGACGGCGCAGCGUCUCUACAGCUCCGCCCACGACCACAUGGACUGCAUCCUCCAGGCCGACGCCCCCCCCGCCAGGGGACGGCGGUCUCCUCGGGGCCGGAGGACUCAGCCAGGACCAGGAAGUCUCCCGGAUACAGACAGAGACCGGCUGCUCGCAGACCACAGCGCCACCUACAGGAAGCACCCAGGCCUCAACAAUGUGGCCUACAUGUCUGCUCUGUCACAGUCGGACCCGGACCUGCCCCCGGACCACGGCAGCCCCUCCCCCACCGAUGAGGUGUUUGACCCGGCCCCGCCGCCGCCCCCCUACAUGCCCCCCCAGCCGUCCAUCGAAGAGGCCCGGCAGCAGAUGCACUCCCUCCUGGACGACGCCUUCGCACUGGUGUCCCCGUCCUCCCAAGGCAGCGCUGGGCUGAGCGGGGUAAGCCCCGUCCUGCCCAGCCCCCCCCCCCAGACCCGGCCCCCAGGCCGGCAGGGGGGCUCUUUCCCUGCUGCCCCCCCCCACAGCCCCUUCUCUGCAAGAUACGCCGAGCUGGGAAUGUCCCCCACGUCCCUCCAGGGCCUGAUGCACAGACAGGGUCUCAGCUCUGGAGGGUAUGGUUCUACUGGAGACCAGCUUCAGGACUCCGUGUACUCCAGCAGGGGGCAGUAUGAGGACCCCCCCUCCUCCUCCAGACCGCGACCUGUAGGGGGCAGCACAGGGGCUCAGCUGCACCACCUGACCCAGGUGGGUCUGUCUAGUCAGAUCGGAGCCUACCCCGGGGUGGGGCGCAGCAUGUCUGGACCCACAGGAUCCAGCUGGACCCAGCAGCACUCAGACCAGGAUCUAUCCAGACCUGGAGCCAGCAGAGAGAGCGUGCUGUCCUUUCCUGAGUCCUCCUCUUCCUCUGUUUUCCAGAUGCCCAGCUCCUCUUUGCGGGACCCGUCGGCGCCCCCCCUCCUCCUGACCUCCCCGACCCCUGAGUACCUACCUGAGGACGCCCCCCCCUCGGCCCACACCUCCGCCUCCCUGAUCAAGGCCAUCCGGGAGGAGCUGCGCCGACUGGCCCAGAAACAGGCCGCCGUGCCCAGCUACCCGUAGACCGGUCUGGACCUUUAGGCCCAGAACCACUCAGAGUCCGUUGGGAUGGACUGACCCACUCUGGACUCUGCUGAGAUAACACUAAGCCGGAACUCUGGACCAGAACCCAUGUCUGAAAACCGGUCUCCUGAAGACCUCUCAUUUCCACUGAAGUGCUUCCUGGAGCAGAUCAUUCGUGAUCAUCCUUUCUCCAACAGACGGACUCGGCCCUUCAGAACCUCUGGAGCAGAUCCUCCGGACCGGAUCUACUUCUACUGGGCCAACCUGCCUCCGGACUGUCCGGAGUGGACCCAUACCCCUUUUCCACCAAACUGGUUCCAGGUCUGGUUCGGAGCCAGGGCCUGACUUUGAAUGAGUUCUUUGUUUUUCCACCGACUAAGCACCGGCUCCAACCUGGUUCCAACCUGGACCUGGUCUAAACAGAGACCAGAUGUGAGAAGUGUAUCUAUGAACAACCAGCAAGUCACAUUCUGGAGGCUGAAAACCAGCAGCAGUGGACUAAGUCCAAGACAAGUUGGAGGGGGCCCUUGCACAAAGACAGAUGACCAGACCCCGGACCCUGGACCCUGGACCCAGGACCCAGGACCAACUUCUGAAGAAACCCACACCCACAGUCAUGACGUGGCUCCGCUUGGAUCUUGGCCUAGACUUUUCCCAGUUUGGAAAAAUAAACCAGUUCUUCGGGGGGACCAGGUUGGAACCAGUUAAGCAUGAACUGGCACCAGGAUCUUUUUGGUGGAAAAGGGGGCUCAGAGGAGGUUUGACCUGGGUCCUCCUGAGGUUCUGAAGGUCCUGGUCUUCUCUGGACCUUCUGUGGUGCUAACCGUCUCCUCAUUGGCCGUUACUGCCUUCCAGUCCAUCCUCAGCCGUGGUACCAGGUCCGUUCAGACGUCCCUGAGGUCUUGGGACUGUGGACAGCUGGAGGUGAAGAAGAAUAGUUCUAUGUGAAGAUGAGCACAAUGUUAAUGUUACAGAGUUACUCCGGGAGUGUUGACACGUACUGAGGUUAUUUUUACUGCUUAUAUGCCCGUUUUAUUUCGAUCAAAAAAGACCAAACUACUGUUUAUGGUUGUGAUUAAUCCUCUUGUGUUUGAGACGUAGCUUAGCCGCUCGCUCGCUAUCUUCAUGUGUCGUGGCAAAGAAAAAAAUAACAAGUACAGCUGAUGCAUCGCUUGGUGUCGAGCUUUUCGUUGCGACCAUCCGUCGACGAGCAGAAAGCUGCAGAUGAGUCUCAGUGAAACCGGUAGAAACAUUCAACACAACCAGGAGCUGAAGCUAAAGCGUUUCUUUAUUCUGCAGCAGGACGUUAGCCUUGUUAGCUUCCACAGAGUCAUGGUCACUGUUAAUGUUGACGGCCAUUCUUGAUUUAGUCUUUAUUAAAACAUUUAUUAGUCACGUUUUAGUCAGUGCAUAUAAUAAACAAUCGCUAUAGUUUGAGUCUAGUUUUAAAAGGCAUUUCAACUUUAAUUUUUAAAUUUAGUCAAACUGACACUAACAAUGUUAACUUUAUAAACUAAACAUGAAUCAUAGUGUUUCUCUCUUCACACCAGUUUAAUCUCAAGGGACCAGACCAGUAACGCAACGGAAUAAUAAUCUAUAAGUAACGACAACUCCAGACGUUUAAUUUUGUUUUACAGCAAAGAAGAACAAGGAAAUUAGAGAAUGUUUACAUUUAAUAAAAAUAUCCUUUCAAAAAAUUACAUUUCUUGAUAAUAAUUGUAAUCUUGACUCAUGUCUGUCUGUCUAGUCCUCGGUCUGGUUAUAGGAUUCAUUCCAGGAAGUACAAGUAUGGAAGUUUGAGCUAAAUGCUAAUACAUUCUCUGUCCAAAUGUGUGUCAGUAAAAAGUCAGAGGUCAAUAACUUUAUAAUUUUAUAAUAACUAGUAGAUGAGACUAAUUUAACAUCAGCAUUAGCUCCAGUGAUGGAGACUGAAUAAAUAUCAGAGUGAUGCUCCUUCCUCCUCAUUUUAAUCUAAUGUUCAAAUAACAUCUGAUCUCAUCAAAUAACAUGUGGACUUGUUAACGUUUCCUUGUAAAUUCAUCAUUAGAUUUUAGUUUUAGCUCGUUAGCGUCUUCAGUGACGACAUUAACACUGAUACCAAUCUCAUCUAAUCUUGGACCACGUUGGGACCUGGGUGCAAUACAAAUAAGAGUGUAUUUAAAUCAUUUAUAUUAAAUAAAAGCUGUGGGUGAGGCCUGAGUAGCUGUAAGAGAUGAAGUCGAUAGCUGGUUGUUGGUGGUAGGUCUGAAGAAGCUGCUCUCAUAGAAACCUUUAGCUUCAUGCUCUGGUUGAAGGUGAAUGGAUCGUCUGCGUCUCUGCUCUGCUUCAGCAUGUUCAGCUGAGUUCCAGCUUUAGGUAUUAGUGAUGUUAAUGUUCAGCAUGCUGCUAAAAGAUGUUUAAAUAAGAGUUGUUCCACAUCCAGUUGAGAGUGAGCAAAGAGUGAAUGACGUCACAGUGCCAUAAAACACCGUCCAUCGUGUGAGACAUCACUUUAGUUUUACCAGAAGAUAUUUUUGAAUCUAAAAGAUGAAAUGGCUUCGAAAUGAAAGUGAACCCAUGAUAAUAAAUAUAUAUAUAUAUAAAUACACACACACAUAUAUAUAUAAAUAAAUAUAUAAAUGUAGAGGAAAUAUUUUAUGUGAACUUUGUCCAACACGUCCUACGUGGACCAGAACCCCUCUGGACACUGAUUGGACCGAGCACCUGUCAGUCAAGCUGUAGGUCAAACUACAGGUGCUCAUGGUGCUAAUUCAUGGAGGUCUGAACCUCGCCCGUCCUGCAGGUUCUUCUCCUCCUUCAAGACUCUAACUCCUCCUGAAUGUUUCCUUCAGUGUUUUCUAGAGUUUCUGUGUUUUCUAGAUCCAGCAGACGACCGGUCAGACUGAGGGAGCUCAUUCAUGACUGAACCCAUCACACCAUGUACUGAAAGCUGGAAGAGUUAAAACGAAAACUGACUGAGCUGAGAACAGCUGAUGUGAUGGAGCCACGCCUCCACCUGACUCCGCCCAGCUGAAGGUUGAACUGGUUGGUUUCAUCAUGAAUGAACUUCCACAGGCUGAACUGGUCUGACUGAACAUUCCUGUCGAUCCUCUUCUGACUCCGGUCUAACAUAGGACCCUUUCAGACCUGAGUAAUCUGAUUACACCUGAUCUAGGUUAGAGUCCAGGUGUGAACCUACAAUGAGUCCUGGUCCAAUUGAAGACCACCUACUCAAUAGAAGAGGAACCCAUUCAUUCAACCACUGGUAGAAAUGAUCUGUUCAUUAGUGAUAAGCCUUUAAACUGUUCUGAGAACCAAACUAAACUAGAACCAUGUGUUCCCGGUUCUAGUCCAGUGGUAGGUAGAGAUCCAUUAGAGACAGCAGCUGAUACAAUAUUCUACUGACCACAUGGUGGCGCUGUUUAUCCAUAUUAUUAUGUCAGGUGAGAACACAGGUUCUUAGAGAUGGCCCGGUGAGGUCAGAUGUUCAUUGUGUGAAGGGGUCCAGACCAGAACCAGAACCAGAACCAGCUGUCAGCAGCUGACAACAUGACAGGUCCUGGUCUCAUCCUGUGGUCUUUCAAAGAUUGUGUUGACAUUAAAGAGACGUGUUCAGAUUCAA